GAGAGUGCGCAGAAUGGCCGCUGAUAUCAGUGCGCGGUGGCGUUUGGUGUCAGAGGCUGAGUAGAGUGACAAACACAGGAAGCGGCAAUAUUCUCUGCCAAAAAAACUACCGUUACCUACUUUGGGUGGAGGAGGGGGGAAAGAGAGAGCGAGCACUUCCUGAAAACGACAAUUGUGUUGGGGCGAACUGGGAUUUAUCGUAAAAGGAAGGGAAGGAAAACAAACAAAACAUUUAGAGGAAGGAAACGGGGGGAAAAAAUGGAAAAACAGCCGAGCGCAGGCGGCUACGGAGCCGACGGUCUUGCACAGCCGCCAGUGCCGAGCAGAAAGCCUCCACGAACCCUAGGAAGUAACGUUAGUGGAUCUAGACAGCCGAGCGUUGAAACUUUGGACAGUCCCACAGGGUCGCACGUGGAGUGGUGCAAACAGCUUAUCGCCGCCACCAUCUCCAGCCAGAUCUCUGGCACUGUCCCCCAGGACCCCGUCUCCCGCGACUUCAAGGUUGGAAGGAGGACAGAUCUAAGGGUUUCCAAGAGGCCAGAUCUGAAGGAUUCUGGUGACGACGCGAAUGGCUACCACUCCGACAGCGAAAACGAACGCGCUCCUCACACUUUGGCGCUGAGAGACGGGAAUAAGCAGGCCCAGAUGGAGGAGGCCCCGCGGGUCCCGGGGGAGUCCAUUAAAGCAAUCGCCAAAGAUGUGAUGUACAUCUGUCCAUUCACUGGGGCAGUAAGUGGCACUCUGACGGUCACAGACUACAAGCUCUACUUCAAGAGCCUUGAACGGGACCCACCCUUUGUCCUGGAUGUGAACCUGGGUGCGAUCAGCCGCCUGGAGACCAUCGGGGUGCAGAGCCACGGGGAGAACACAAGAGGCUUGGAGAUCGUGUGCAAGGACAUGAGGAACCCCAGGUUUGCCUACAAGACAGAGGAGCAGAGCAAACUGGAGAUCUUAGAGAUGCUGACCAAGCAUGCCUUCCCCCUCUCCAAUGACCUGCCACUGUUUGCGUUCCUGUACAAGGAGACGUUCCCAGAGGACGGGUGGAAAGUGUACGACCCUGUGGCAGAGUACAAGAGACAGGGCCUGCCCAAUGAAAGCUGGAACAUCAGUAAGAUCAACAGCAGUUAUGAGCUGUGUGACACCUACCCCGCCCUGCUGGUCGUGCCCACCAGCAUCAAGGACGACGAGCUGAAGAGGGUGGCCUCCUUCCGAGCUAAGCACCGCAUACCUGUGCUGUCCUGGAUCCACCCGGAGACCCAGGCCACCAUCGUGCGCUGCAGCCAGCCGCUGGUGGGCCCGUCCGACCGCCGCUGCAAGGAGGACGAGCGCUACCUCCAGACCAUCAUGGAUGCCAACGCUCAGUCACACAAACUCACCAUCUUUGAUGCGCGGCAGAGCAGCGUGGCUGAGUCUAACAAGGCGAAGGACGGGGGCUACGAGAUCGAGAGCUUUUACCCCAACGUGGAGCUCAACUUCCUGGAGAUCCCCAACAUCCAUGUGAUGCGGGAGUCCCUGCGCAAGCUGAAGGAGGUGGUGUACCCCACCAUCGACGAGGCACGCUGGCUCUCCUCUGUGGACUCCACACACUGGCUGGAGUACAUCCGGCUCCUCCUGGCCGGGGCGGUGCGCAUCGCCGAUAAGCUGGAGUCGGGGAAGACGUCAGUGGUGGUGCACUGCAGCGACGGCUGGGACCGCACGGCCCAGCUGACCUCGCUGGCCAUGCUGAUGCUGGACAGCUACUACCGCACACUGAGGGGCUUCCAGGUGCUGGUGGAGAAGGAGUGGAUCAGCUUCGGCCACAAGUUCGCCGCGCGUGUGGGGCACGGGGAUGAGAACCAUGCCAACUCGGAGCGCUCUCCCCUCUUCGUGCAGUUCAUCGACUGCGUCUGGCAGAUGAUGAGACAGUUUCCUGCUGCUUUUGAGUUCAACGAGCUAUUUCUCAUCACCAUCCUGGAUCACCUCUACAGUUGCCUUUUUGGUACAUUCCUGUACAACAGUGAGCAGGAGCGAGUCAACCAGGAGGUGCAGAGCAAGACGGUCUCCCUGUGGUCAUACAUCAACAGCCAGGCGGAGGACUUCACAAACCCCUUCUACGUCAACUAUGAGAACCACGUGCUGUACCCUGUGGCCAGCCUGCGGCACCUGGAGCUGUGGGUCAGCUACUACGUGCGCUGGAACCCGCGCAUGAGGCCGCAGAUGCCAGUGCACCAGAACCUGAAGGAGAUGCUGGUCCUUCGGGCAGAGCUGCAGAGGAGGGUGGAGGAACUCCAGAGGGAGGCCUCUUCGUCGCGCUCCAUCUCCUCUUCCUCGGAGCACGCCUCGUCACCCUCACACACAGGCACACCCUUGCACACCACUGUGUGAGCGUGCACUCGCACAUACACAUAAAUGUAAACACAUACACCUUACGUAUGGUAUGUGUUUAUGGACACAAACGUGAACGUGAAAACACACUCAAUGAACUCAUAUUGUACACAACUCAACAUCGGGUAGGUGUCUAAAAUUAUAAAAUUAAAUGUUUAAAUGUUUUUCUCAAGUGAAGAUUGAGUGACUUACAGCAAGAUGUACUGAUAUAAUAUUCCUAUAGGAUAGGUAAAAAGUUAUAGGUAAUACUUACAGUCAAUGGUAAAUUCGGAGAAAACCACUUCAAUUUGUUAUUUAACACACUCAUUCUGACUUGUAAAUAUGGAUAGAGUAGAUUAAUAUAUUUGUACUUAUAUUGACAAAAUUAUCUGUAUGAGAAAUUAAUUGCAAUGAUAUGCAUACUUACACAUUGGAGUGUUAAAAGCCAUCCAAUUCUGGACAAGGGAUUUCAAAGAUUCUAUUUUUUUCCAUUGUGGAGAGAUAUGUAGACGGUUUGCAAUAACACUGUCAUUUAAGCACAUUCAAACAGCAGGCAGAUCAUUAAGAGGAUUCAAGAUAAACGCAAACACACACACACACACACACACACACACACACACACACACACACACACACACAAAUGUUGUACAAAACACUGACAUCAGCCUGCACGCAUACACCGGUAUUCUCUCACACACUCCGCUGGGUGUUGGUCCUGAGUGGAUCUUUUGUUUGGACUGGAUUAGCACUCUGACAGGCUGCUCACAGCAGGGGAGUGGGGUGAAGGACAGAUUUUGUGGGGGGUGGGGUCCUGGAGAAGGUACCCAGAUUAAUCCUUCCAACCACACACCAAUCUGCCCUUUAGUUUACCCCAGACAAACACACACACAAAUCUCUGCUCUAGGACAGGAUGUACUUCAGCACACAUGCUUUAGUGUAUUAGAGUCUACUGCCACUGCAGUGAGUGCACUAAAUCUCCACUCUAGUGACUGAUCGUGCAUUCUCUGUACUAAACGUUCACUCUAGUGAGUAGGCACUUUACUUGGAGCUACAGUUUUCUGCUAUAGUGUUUAAGCUCAGACAUUCGUGUUAUGUGUUUUGUUUUGUUUUGUUUAUGGUACUUCAGAAGGAAAUCAAUUAUGUAGAUCUGGGUCAGUCGUCACUCACGUUAGUAUUCUCUCUUAAAUUUAUGAAGUUUGUAGCAAUUUGUGUUCUGUGCUAAUGCCAGUUUUCCAGUUAUGUAGCUAUUGUCAGUGUAACUGGAUAAGUUACCCUUCAUAGAACGCUCAGAUCCAAUUAAAUGAUUGAACAGUGUCAGUAUAAGGCCAGUUUACAAGGAAGUCUGGGAGUGUCUCAUAGAGAUCCUGAUCAAAGUUGCUGUCUUCAUUGUUACGGUUUGUUGCCAAUGUCACUGUCUUGUGAGAAGUCCUCUGCCUUCCACUGCCAUUGCCAAUAAUUAAUGUGUGCCUGGAGCGCCCCCUGGUGGUUGUUAGUAGUAAUAAUCAAUGGAUACUCAUGUUCUUAUAACUGAACAUAACCAUGAAUUGUGAGAGGUGUGUUUACACAGUAACAGUUGACGUUUUACAUACAUUUAUGUAUUUUUUCAGGGUUACAUGUGUGAUGUCAUUCUUUGUUUUUACUCACAUAAGGCAGAUUCAGAACAGAUUCUGUUCAGAAGUGACUGAAAUCGUUUGUGUUUUGGCCUCUCUAAGCUCAGUUUAGAUGCAUGUUGUGCUUGGUUCACCCACCCUUUACAGAUACAGAAGACAUAAGUUAGUAUUAACACUGUAUUAUCUGAAUAGAUGGGAAUCUGUUUGUUAUGUUUCAUUAAGAAUUGGUAUUUGUAAAUAAUCUGUAAAUGUUCA